UUUUAAUUUAUGAAUAUAAACAAGUGGGUAUAUCUUUAAUUUAUAUCAGAUAUAACAAUGGAGGAAACGGCCGCAUUAAUCAAAUCAUGUAUAAUUUCGAAGAAAGGAGGUGUACCAAUUGGUGAUCUAAACGAUGAGUUUCAAAAUCUGGUCGGAGAAUUCAUUCCUUUCCGUAGAUUGGGAUUUUCAAGUCUCUGUGCACUUUUACGAACCAUAGAUGGUUUGGAGACAUCUUGGAACGAAUUUGGCGAACAAGUGUUAAAGAUAAAUGAUUCUAAGAUUGCUCAUAUCGAUAGACUCAUACGCUAUCAAAAGGUCGACUAUUCGAAAACAAGAAACAAAUACUAUAAACAAUUUGCACAAUACAAGACCAAUUCUGAAUAUAAUGAUGAGCGUAGGCAAAGAAACAGAACAGUGCACAAUACCAAUCGUACCAAUAGACGAAUUCAAGAUUUCGGUUAUCGUCGUGAUCCGUACCUGUUAAAAAACAACAGCUUUCAUGAAAGUAAUAGCUUCUUGUACGAAGAAGAGAAUCAUCGUCCGGUGGUAAUAGAAAUGAAUGAAACGAAACAAACUACUAGCAUACAUGAACCUAUUGCAAGCGGCCAGCAAUUACUUGGCGAUGAUUUUUUCCUGCAACUCGCAAUACGAAAUCUUCAUCUUCCCAUCUGGAGAUACAAAGAUAAUUUAGCCUUACACUGUGGUUUGUGCAUCUCUGGCCAAACCAUAAGCGAUUGUACUCGGGCUUUGAGGAAUAUUAACACCAUCUCCAAUCGUGUCGUGAUCUUGCUUGGUUCAGUCGAUGUCUACAACGUAACACGCAGAGUAUCUGGAACUAAACAUUCUUAUGUGCUAUGGAAUGAUAAAGGACGUAAGCAAGCGAUGAACCUCAUCUGCAAAAAAGAAGACACAGAACGCUCCAGAAGUCCCAACUCAUUGCGGAUGCAAUGAGAGUUAAUAGGGAUCUUCCACUAUACGGAUCGCAUAUAACAAAAAAAGCAGGACGAUAUAUCGCGGAAGACCUUAUUCGUCUUUCAUGACGACAGCUGUUUCGAGGAUCCUCUCCGAGGUGUAUCCUUCUGCUUUCUUCGUAGAUGCGCGUUCAUAACUAAAUCCAAUUUGUGUUUAUUAAUAGUGUAUUGUACAUAGAACAUACAAUGAAAAUUUGCAAUAUCGACACACACGUACACAGAGGAUAAAUCGCUUUAUCGUGCUUAGUUGAACGACUAUUGUGUAAGAUACUAAUUAAAAAAAAAGGAAGCAGGCUUUACUUUACUUCAAAAAUUAGUGUAAAGCAGCAAGGCAAAGCAGUUCAGGCUCUAUACAAGUUUUUCAGGAAUAUAUAAUUUGAAAAGUUUUAUCUUUCAAUGUAUGUUGAUCUUAUCGGUCAUUAUAUAAUUUUGUUUGUUCACGUCUCAAAAAAGCAAACGCGGAUACAAAUCUCUUAUUGUUUAAUUAUUAAAGGAUUAAAUUAUUUUGAAUUGUAAACGCCCGCUUCACGGUAUUCGGAAGGUUUAAAUAGGAGACACAUAACAAGCUCGUAUUUAAGUAUAUCAGAAAAGUAUAGUGCAUUUUUUAAUUAAAUGCGGGUAAUUUAAAAAUGACACGCAUACCUUUUUGAAAAUUGUACGGGCGAACUUUAACAACUUUCCAUGCUGUGCCAAAAAUUAAUU